AUGGACAAUUGCUGUCCACCUUCGCCUCCAGCCACUCCACCAAACUUGAUUGAACGCACGAUGGGACUUUCUCCAAAGAACAGCAAUGCUGAGGAACGGGAUGCUGUUGAGACCCUGCUGUCCAUCAGCUCAAGCAAAUGUAAAGAUAUUGACAAUUUUACACUUGUUUUAUCAAAUGUCAAUGGAACACCACCAUCACCACCUUAUCAACAAGAAGUAGUUCGCCCUGAUGAAAAUAAAAAGCCUGUUGAAUAUCGAAGGGAAUCCAAACUUGCCAGGUUGCUUUGUGAAGGAAAUACAGAGACUGAUAAAAAGCAGCCUCGGACAAGCCCAUGCAUUAUUGAGGAUCGUUCUAACCGUGUGCCAGUCAUUAUGCCUCCAAUUAAAAAACGCAAAGGAUUACAACAACACAUCCCAGCAUCCACAUCUUCACCAGCCCCUGUACAGACUGUCAGGUGUCCCUCUCCCCCCAAAGCACCAAUCACCAGUGUGCCCAGCUCAGUUAUCACAAGUGUCGGUAAUGCCAACUGUUUCCUGCUGCCUUCAGCCCCUUCCACUGACCAAAGGUCAGCCGUUCCCAAAGAGGACCAUGAAAAAACUCUUCCAGCAAGCACAGUGAUCCCUACUACAACACCUAUGAUCACUGUGCCAACAGUGAUGCCAGCACAGAAUGUUAACCUAGGUGGGACAUUACUGUAUAGCAUUCAAGGAGCUCUGUACUCCAUGCCACCUCUUGUGUUGGUUGUCAAUGGUGGAGAUUUGAAUAGGAAACUCGUAAACCUGAAACCUAAUUCAGAAAAACUUUGCCCUAUUGCACCUGCCCCAGCACAGAUGACUUGUGAUAAUAAUACAAGAUCUGAUCAGGGACUGACAGAUGUGAAACGUAGACGCAACUAUGCAUGCACAUAUUCUAACUGUAAUAAAUCCUAUCUGAAGAGUUCUCACCUUAAGGCACAUAUGCGGACGCACACAGGUGAAAAACCUUUUGUUUGUAACUGGAAGGAUUGCAAUCGACAAUUUGCUCGCUCUGAUGAACUCUCCCGCCAUAAACGCACUCAUACUGGGGAAAAGAACUUUCAGUGUUCUCAUUGUGAUCGUCGUUUUAUGAGGAGUGAUCAUCGCACCAAACACAUGAAGACUCACACUGUGGGCAGUAACAAGGGCUUAAAAGGGGUCACUGGUGCAGCUGCUGCUGUCCCAACUACUGCGACUAACUGCCAAAUAUUGAAAUCAGGGGAAAUGGCCAUCAAUAUCAUGCCAGGUUUAACAACAACAUUCUCUCGUUCAUCUGUUUCCACAUCAGCUUCAUCCUCAUGA